CGCAAGUAAAUUUGCGCUUGCGUGAAAAAUGGACAGAUUAGUCUGCACUUUUUGCAAGUACAUCUAAUUUAUUUUAUUUUUCUACAAUCUAUCAUUUUUAAAAAUAAAACAAUAACAAAUUUACAAAAUAUCAUUAAACAAAAAUCAAAAAAAAAUAUCAACUAAAAAAUUAACAAAUUUUAAAAUGUGAUUUUAAAUUUUUUUAUAAAAAUUUAUAUUCUCUUUUUUUAUUAUCAAGCAGGAAAUAUUGAUUAAAUUCCCACGUUGUCACAGACAGUAUACCCGGAUAUAAUACUUUUAUUUUUAUCACUUAAUAAAAAUGAAAAAAAAAUAAAUAAAUAAAAUUAACAAUAAUUAUUGUUUAUUAAAAAUGCAGCUGUAUUUACACUCGAAAUUUACGCAAAAUUGUGUGAAUAAAAGAUUUUUAUCAAACCACAUAAAUUCAGGAUAAUUAAAAUAAUUAUUCGAAUAAAUUAUACAAAAGAAAAACAAUGGAAUUACGAAGAAAUUUAUGGAUUAAAAAAAUAAUAUUAAUAUUGUGUUUUUUAAUAGUAUUAUUAUGGAUUAUUAUUAAUGAUAAUUCAUGUAUUCUCGGUGGUAUAAAAAAAAAAAUAACAAUUGAAAGAAUAAAUGUAAAAACAUUUGAUAAUUUUCCUUCAAAUUAUCGUUUGUUUGACGAUAUCAAAGUUGACGAAAUAUCACUUGAUAAUAGAACAAAUGUACUAAAUAUUAUAACAUUUAAAAAACAAAUUGAUUCAUCAUCAAAAUACAAAAUAUUUCAUCAACAAAAUUUAAUGCCAAGUAAAAAGUUACCAAGUGUUUUAAUUAUUGGUGUUAAAAAAGGUGGUACAAGAGCACUUUUAGAAUUUCUAAGAAUUCAUCCAGACAUACGUGCAGCUGGUUCCGAAGUGCAUUUUUUCGAUCGACAUUAUAACAAGGGUUUAUACUGGUACAGACAUAGAAUGCCACCAACACUUGAUGGACAAAUAACAAUGGAAAAAACCCCGUCGUAUUUUAUAACUCAAGAUGCACCAAAACGUGUUUAUCAUAUGAAUUCAAAAACAAAAUUAAUAAUUGUCGUGCGUGAUCCAGUAACAAGAUCAAUAUCAGAUUAUACGCAAGUCAAAAGUAAACGACCAAAUUUACCGAAAUUCGAAAUACGUGCAUUUAUAAAUGGUACAAAUAUUGUUGAUACCAAUUGGGCACCAUUAAAAAUUGGUAUAUACUCAAAAUAUUUAGAUAAUUGGCUUAAAUAUUUUCCAUUAUCACAAUUACUUAUUGUAUCUGGUGAACGUCUUAUUGCUGAUCCAGUUAUUGAAAUAACCAGAGUACAAGAUUUCAUUGGUAUUAAACGUGUUAUAUCAGAAAAACAUUUUUAUUUUAAUACAACUAAAGGAUUUCCUUGUUUAAUGAAAUCUGAGCAUCGUGCAAUUCCACACUGUCUUGGCAAAACUAAAGGUCGAAGUCAUCCACAUAUUGAUCCUGAUGUUAUUGAACGUCUACGUAAUUUUUAUAGACCAUUUAAUCAUCGUUUUUAUCAAUUAACUGGAAUUAAUUUUGGCUGGGCUUAAUUAACAACAUAUCAAAAUUUAAAUUGAUAGUCAAUUUGAUAAACUGAUUCCGUUCAAUGAGGCGAACAAAAAAUAUAUUAUAUAAAAAUAUCAAUGAGAAAUUAAAUUAUACAAAUUUUUUGCUCAAAUCGAAAUAA